GGUCUCUACGUCACUUCCUUCGCACGUGACGUUAGUCCAACAUGGCGGCGUGUCUGACGCGGCGCGUUUGUUUACUGUGUAUCUCAUCCAGAGUUCACGUUUCUCACGGUGUCAAAACAACACAAAUACGUGAUUUCUCUGGCUCCAAAGGGACACCGUCCUCCGAGGACACCAAAGUUCACGUCCCAACAGAGCGGCUGACCGUCACGUACAGCAGGAGCAGUGGUCCUGGAGGACAGCACGUCAAUAAAGUGAACACAAAGGCAGAGGUUCGCUUCCACGUACACACAGCAGACUGGAUACCUGAGGACAUUCGACAAAAGGUCAUAGAACAGAACAGAAACCGCAUGAAUAAAGCCGGAGAGCUGCUGGUCAGCUCGGAGCUCAGCAGAAGUCAGCACCGAAAUCUGUCCGACUGCCUGCAGAAGAUCUCGGCCAUCAUAGCAGAAGCCAGUGAGAAACCCCCUGAACCCACAGAAGAAGACAUCGCUCUGCGAGCAGCCAGGUUGAAGAAGAGGAAAGAAGAACGCCUCAAGCAGAAGAAGAUCCAUUCUCAAACCAAGCUCAGCAGAAGAGUGGACUUUGAUUGAGAAUGUAUUUAUUUUUCAUUUUGUGAAUUUACAAUAUUGUAUUUAUGUUCUGCUAAAUAAAGAAUAAGAUUAUAUCAAGA